UGGUUGCUCUGUUAGAGCUUGCUUGGGGGGAAGGGGCUGAGAUGAGUGCAGAGGCUGGGAGGAAGCGUGGUCAUGCUUCCACUUCUGGAUCUGCUUCUGGAGACAGGAAGUCCAAGAGGAAGCCCAAGAGAAAGGAAACCUAUUCAGUCUAUAUCUACAAAGUACUGAAGCAAGUGCACCCUGACACCGGCAUCUCCUCCAAGGCCAUGAGCAUCAUGAACUCCUUUGUCAAUGACAUCUUUGAGCGGCUUGCUUCAGAGGCCUCACGCCUGGCCCAGUACAACCACCGCUCCACCAUCACCAGCCGUGAGGUGCAGACGGCUGUGCGGCUCCUGCUGCCUGGCGAGCUGGCCAAGCACGCUGUCUCUGAGGGCACCAAGGCCGUCACCAAGUACACCAGCAGCAAGUGACCGCCGUGCCACAAUAAAAGCUUUCUGCCUUGGCUGCACCCUAUCUGUUAUGGCUCUGUGGGGUUGUGUUGGGGGAGGGGGUGUCACUGUUGGGGGCGGGUGCUGCUGGGGCCCGGGUGGGCACUGGUGGGGCCUAUGCAGCUUAAAUUUAAGGGUUUGGAACAUAAGUAAUUGAAGUGGUUUAUAGAGAGAAGAUUGUAUCAAAUCAUCAGCUUAAUAGAUAAUGUCACAGACUUGUCACUUCUAAUUUUUAGAAAGAAUUGCUUUGGCUUUAAUUGGCUCUAUAUGUUAUCUAGAGCAUCCAAGUAGCACAUAGUAGUUUCUGAGCUAUCUAGUUCUCAGCAAGUUGUUAACACAGAUCAUGGAUGGUGACUCUACUUCUUGUGGAGUCCUGUGGGAUUUGGUAUUCAGUCUGAUGCAACAGUAAAAGCAAAAUCUGCAAAUACACUUUAAAAACACAGAUGAUGUCUUUGCCUCAUAAUUUAUAAUGCAAAGGUUAGUUUGACCUCUGGACAUAAGGAUUGUUUGGUUGGACUGGAUGGACAGCUGUUCUUUUGAAAGUGAACAAAACCAAGUAGAGGCUUCAGGGUUUUCUUGCAGAAAGGUAGGGUCAUUCUGUGAAGAGGGUGGGUUCCACCACAGUUCUCUGAACUCCUUUUUUUUAAGUUUUUGGGCUACUGAUUGCAAAAAUCUUAUGUUGCCUUUGAGGUUCCUAUUGUUCUUCCUCAAGUGCUUCCUGACUGUGCUGGGCCUCUUUGCACCAGUCCAAGUUAUCAGCAUUCAGUUUAUCUGUUUCUACCAGAGUAGAGACAAAAUUCCCUCUGUGUCAGUGGGACAGUU